AUGCUUCUUCCAAUCAAGUUGCUGUUGGUCAUUUAUCAACAGGACAAAGUCACCUUGAAGAUGACUGGUUCUGCUGAGCAAAAAGAUGUGAAUUGGUCAAGAUUAGCUAAGAGGAUGGCAUACGAUUAUUUUGAUCUGUAUCUACCAUGUGGUUUUAUAUCAACUGUGAUUUCUUUGAUUAAAUCUUAUAAGGUUAUAGAAGAGUUAAAACGAAAACAAAUAAAAAAAGACGCAAUGAACAAAAAGAUUUCUUCUGAUCAUCUUCAACCCUCCUUCUUGGUACGACCUCCAACACUCCAUCUUCGUCUUCCUUCUGUGGGAUAUGAAGGAGUAAUCUGUCCUAGAAUCCAAUUGCUAAUUGAGAAGCACAAAAGGGAAGCACAAGACUGGACCCCAACUUGGCAUAGUGAUGAUGAUCUCUCAAUCUUUGGAGUUACCAAUGGAACUGAGACAUAUUGUGUAAAUCUGAAGAAUGAAUCAUGCAGCUGCAGAAAAUGGGAGUUGUCUGGAAUCCCAUGUUGUCAUGUUAUCUCCUGCAUUUGGAACAUAAGAAAAAAACCAGAAGCAUAUGUCUCUCCAUAUUAUAGCAAAGUUACAUUUGAGAAAUGCUAUGCUAAUAUUGUCAUGCCAACCAAUGGACCACAAUUAUGGACUGAUGUUGAUCAUGUGCCUAUGUGUCCUCCUGUCAUGAGAAGAGCAAUUGGACGUCCAAAAAAGAUGAGAAUUAAAACAGGUGAUGAGCCAAAGAACUCCCAUGUGCUUUCAAGAAGCUUUUCAACUGUCACUUGCAAUAAAUGUGGACAAACUGGACACAACAGUAGGACUUGUAAGGGCAAGAGGGCAGCUGAUAGGCAGAUACCAAAAGGAGGCAAUAAGAAGACCAAGCAAACAAAGACAACCAAGAAGGCAAAGAAGACUAACAAGACUAAAGAUGCAGAAAAACAGAUUGAGAUUGGUCAGGGAUCUCAAGCACCUCAGCCUAGUCAAGAGUAG